GAGCCGCCAGCCAAUCACAGCGCGUGGAAGCGCCCCUUUAGCCACGCGUCUGCUUUCACUUUUCAACACAACACGCUGGGUGAAGGAGUCGCAAGUCGUCUUUUCAUUUUGUUUCCCCCGAUUGACAUUAAAAAGGUGUGCGACGCUGGGGAUGCAGUGUCUGAGGGGCGCAGUGAAGCAUGCUGGGAGCGGCGUUGAGAGGUUGACCUCUGCGGUACGCGGCUUCGGCUCGUCCUCGCAGCACUUCCGGGCAAGUCCUCCCCCCUGGUGCACCGAUGCCGAUCCCCCCAAAGUCCUGAUCACUGGAGGACUCGGCCAGCUGGGGGUGGGGCUCGCCAAGUUGCUGAGGAGACGCUUUGGAAAAAACAACGUGAUUCUUUCGGACAUCAGGAAACCCCCCAGCCACGUCGACCAUAACGGUCCGUUCAUCUUCUCGGACAUCCUGGACUACAAGAACCUCAGGGAGAUCGUGGUGAACAACAACAUCAGCUGGCUGGUCCACUACUCGGCCGUGCUGUCCGCUGUGGGGGAGAACAACGUCGCGCUGGCCAGAGAGGUCAACAUCACAGGUCUCCAUAACAUAUUAGACAUAGCAACCGAACAUGGUCUGCGUCUGUUUGUCCCCAGCACGAUCGGUGCCUUCGGCCCGUCCUCGCCCAGGGACCCGGCCCCCGAGCUGUGCGUGCAGAGGCCGCGCACCAUCUACGGCGUGUCCAAGGUCCACGCGGAGCUGAUGGGCGAGUACUACCACCACAGGUACGGGCUGGACUUCCGCUGCCUCAGGUACCCGGGCAUCAUCUCGGCCGACUCGCAGCCCGGAGGAGGAACCACAGACUACGCCGUGCAGAUCUUCCACGCAGCCGUGAAGACGGGCCGCUUUGAGUGCAACCUGCGCGGCGACACGCGGCUUCCUAUGAUGUACAUUGACGACUGUCUCAGGGCCACUCUGGAGUUCCUGGAGGCUCCGGCGGCGUCGCUGCUCGGCCGCACCUACAACAUCAACGCCACGAGCUUCACGCCGCGCGACCUCGUCCGGGAGAUACAGAAAGGCCUGCCCGACCUUGAGGUCACCUACAACGUGGACCCGAUCCGGCAGGCCAUAGCGGACGGCUGGCCGAUGGCGUUGGAGGACACCGCGGCGCGGCGGGACUGGGGCUGGAAGCACGAGUACGGCCUCUCCGAGUUGGUGCGGACCAUGCUGACUCACAUCGCUACGGGCAACCAGCUGGCACAAACCUACUGAGCCUUCUCUAGCUUUUAUUUAUUUAUUUUCCUGCAAAAAAAAUAUGCUUUCUCUGACAGCAAAUGUGACACUGAGGAUUUCAGGAGGACGUCUAGCCCUCACUGACACACUUUAACCAGUUGAAUUCAUAAAAAAAAAUACUGCCACAGCAGAGGCAUCAAACCAUUCCAGACCUCAUCGCCCCGUCCUUCUCUCCUCUCUGCUCUUGUCCGUCCAUCCAGCUUUGACGGGAAAACCAAUCUGAUGCAACUGCAUGCUGGGCACAAUCGCCAUGUUACUGAGCCGUUUAAGAAAAGAGGGCCGAGUCCGCUCUCUGUAUGUAAUUAAGUUACGUAUACAGAUGACGCCGCCAGCCUGCUGGUAAACAUCUGUGGCACCUGACCGCUUGCCUUUUAAAGCCGCCGAUCAUUCAAAAAGUUUGUCCGUUGGCUUUCUGCGCGAGCUUCACUCCCGGCCGGCUACAAAUCCGUACUGUAAGCAGAAACUCUUGAAAGGCUUUACCUCAGGGGCCGGUACUGUAGUAACCGGUGGCCGCAGGGGCAGCUUCAAGGUGCUCACACCAUAGUUGCCUGGCAGGAAAAUAAGGGUUUUAGUUAGUAAAUGGCGUCACUUCUGAAGCAUUGUAGGUGCUUUUUAAUAUUUAUAUUGUUGGGAGUUCUGUUGUUCUAAAUGUUUAAUGGGUUCUUUUGUCGCUUUGCGUCCUCUGCGUUAAAUAUUUAUGAAUGUUGGAUCGAUGAAUGCGUUACCGGUUCCUUUUUUGUUGAUUGAGGGAGAGUGGAGCUCUUCUGUUUCACAGCUGUACUCCAAGGGCUUAUAUCUGUCAAGUAGUUAAAGAAGAAGAAAAAUGUUAUUUAUCAUACUUUUUUUUUUUUUUUUUUAAAUAAAUACUUGAAUGAA